AUGACAAGAGGGUGAGAGGAAGAGGAGGGAGGAAGGGGGUGAGGGAGGUAUAGGAGGAGACUUAACUUACUUCACAGAGGAACAGGAGCCUCAGAGCAAUUCAAAAACAGCUGUCAAGCAGACAUCCCAGUCGACAGAAGUGCAGCCCCAAGGCAGAGAUCUGAGGCAAGGCAUCCGACAUAAGAGAAGCCACUGAACACACAGAAGAGCAAUGAGAGUGCUCUACCUGGGGAGGGUCGAGCUUUACUGAGAAGACAACAGUGCUCAUUGGAGUGCUAUCGCUGUGGUUGUUGGAAGACUGGUGAUACUGCAUGGACAACAUAAUACUGAGAAUGUAACUCAAGAUUCUCCUUGGGGAUCUGUAAUACAGAAGUUGUAGACCUAAUACCUGAGCCUACUCCCACAGCCAUGCCAGCAAAAGCGCCAAUAUACCUGAAACCCAACAACAGUAAGAAGGGAAAAAAAUGUCGCCUGCGCGAUAUUUUGUCACCAGACAUGAUCAGUCCGCCACUAGGAGAUUUUCGGCACACCAUUCACAUCGGCAGAGGUGGACAGAGGGAUGCCUUUGGAGACAUGUCUUUCCUCCAAGGAAAAUAUGAGCUCUUGCCGGGCAAGGUUGAUGUCCAACCUCAGUAUGGUGUCCAAAGUGAGUUUCUACGAGCAAACAGUACAGGCGAUGCUUCCUUUGCUGACACCCCAUCUCCUGUUCUCAAGAAUGCCAUCUCCCUCCCAACCAUUGGUGGCUGUCAGGCACUUAGCUUACCACUGAUCUCCUCGACAGUAUUCUCGAUGUCCCCACAACCGCUAGGGGACAUAAUGGGGCCUUCAUCCCCCGUGAAACCCGACAGUAUUGAAGAUGUAGAGAUCCUGCAGAUGGAUGCUUUGUUGCACUCAAUAGACAACUUCAGUAGCAAGGCCUCUCCUCCCUUCAGAGACAUCCAGUCAAAGCCUGACGUCCUUUUGGAUCUCCUGGAGAACAUGAAAAAGCCCAACUCUAAAGCAGUUAUCAAGACUAACAUAGCAAACAAAAAAGAGAGCAGGAUUGAGAAGCAAUCCACUUAUUACAUCACUGGUCAUAGCAACACCAUCUACAAAGCUAACGGAAGCCUUCACAGCAACACAAGCAGUGACAGCUUUGAAAGUUAUGCGAAAGAGAACUACAAAGCCAAAAUUUACAACGACAAAAGUAGUCUCAUUGACGAGAACAACGGCUCAGGACAUUUUUGCAAAACCAUUAACCUGGAAUUCAAGCAGGAGCUCUCAAAGUGCAAUGGAGAGUGGGUGGAUAGAGACAGUGGGGUGGAGGAGUGCCGGACCUGUGAUUUUGACAUUGAGUUUUCCAACGAGAAGAGCGCAUCACAGGAGUCCCUCACCCGAAUCACAGGGUCCCUGUUCUCCCUUGAACUUGAUCUGGGCCCAUCCAUCCUGGAUGAUGUGCUCGACAUAAUGGAUAAACCUGCAGUGAAAAGCAGGCCUUGAGCUGCACCAAGACCCUUGGAGGAGAAAGGGAAUGAUCCAAUGAACAACCUCAAGCCAGGAGGAGACAAAGGACUACUGUAUGUGAGCUACGUUGGACAGAGUUGCCUAUGUUUUCAUUACCAAAACAUACAAAUAUUUUGGCUUCUAUGGAGUGUUUUUCUUUUUUUUCCGGCCUUGCCGGCAUGUUCAUAUGGAUGUAGUACUGAGUUACAGCAUUAUGCCUUUAAUCUUCAUCUAUCCAUCCAUCCAUUUUCUGCACUGCUUAUCCUCACCAGGGUCGUGACUCGCAAAUGUGCUGGAGACACUCCCAGAUGACUUUGGGCGAGAGGCCAUUUUAUAACUAUUCCACAUGUUUUUCUUUUUCAGAUUAGAGUGGCAAACACUGUUUUUGUGGGUUUAAGAAAGCGCUCUUUGAUUUUGUCUCCAAUAUCUGCCUCUUUUAUGACAGAGUAUUAUUCAUAUUGUGGUUUUGAAUUUGAACACAAAUAAACGAUUUUUUUUCUGAUCUUGCCCACGUUAUUACUGCAAAUUGGAAAAGGCACCACAAUGACAAGUCUGAAACAUAGAAUACAUAUCAGAAGUUGAAAAACAAGAAGCACACCAGGGAAACUGGAAACGUGGAGUUGCAAAAGAAGGAGAGAUUGACAGAAGGUCAGAAUGGUUUUAUUUUCUGUCCUCUAACAUUCCUUACAUUCUGCCUCCUUGCCCUGCAGUGGGAGCAUCGGUGGGUCUUCAUCCGGCGCCUGCACCAUUUGUUUGCAUGUUCAGGGGACAUGCAGAGGAGGGGUCUUUGACAUUCUCUGCAUUCCAGUCGCAGUGCACAAGUGUCCUAGACUAGACAUAAAUCAGCUGUUUCAAAUAAGGGAGAGGUGGGAUGGGGUCGGGAGGGGGGGGGGGGUAAAGCGGGCUUGGUCUAAUCAAACAAUCCAUCACUCAAAAUGUAGAGCCACGGAGGCAGUAAGUGACACAAAUACAACCUAAAAGCAAACGGUGUUGAAUGCUGAGUGAUAGAUGCAUCCUUUUCUUCGGUCCACUCCCAAUAAAGACAUACUGAAGCAAUAGUGUUAAAGCAACAGUCGAGAAGGGCAGAGCGGGGACAACGGUCACUUGAGCCAAACGAGCACCUCAGCAGUAGCCCUCAAAAGUUAUUUCAUUAUGUGUCCGCACAUGUGCUACGGCUGUGCUGGUGUAGGAAAAAACAAGAUCCUUUCUGCUUGUGAGAGGAGGCAUAUGCCAUGUGCAAAUAAUUAACACAACUCAGACCCAUUAAUUAAAUUCAUCUUUAUAAUUGUCUGGGCCAUUGUGUCAAACCUGCGUGAAUCCCCAAGGAUCCUUCGAAUAGUCAUAAACAACCACAACCAGCUCACUGAAGGAAUUUCAAUCAGUUAUAGAACCAGAUGUUAGAGAAAACCUGUAUCAUCAGAGACGACAGGAGAAGCCAUUGGAAAAUCCCAGCAUUUGUACAAAAAAAUUUCAACAGGCAUGCAACCUCCAUGCUUGAAGUAAUGAAAACCUUUGCUGUCAAUGUAAUUACUAUUUUUACACUGGCAAUGGCACAUCACUGACUUAAUGACAGCCUUCUUCAGAAUAGGCCUCUUGCAAGCUAAGCUCCCUUUGGUUUUUCAAUGAAGCCGUCGCCACACCGCUGUAGUGUGUUGUGUAACGUUCCCCCCAAAAAUUUCUUUGGGAAUGCCAGAGAUCUUUGGACACAAAAUUCCAGGAAAUACCGGUGUUUUAUGAAAUCCAGUACAAAUAUUUGACAUAUGUUUGACUCUGAACACUAUGUCCCUGUUUUAUAGCUGUUUAUUCAACAUUAAUGGGCUACAUUUGUGUUUCAGCAGAGGAAAGGAAAUGGUGACUAAGUGCUAAUGAAGUGGGCACCAACAAAAUAUUCCUAGUGUGCCUCAUCUGCGUAAAUAAAAGACUUCAUUUAGACAUGAAAUAGGUCAUUUUCCUUCACUUUAAUUGAAAACAAGCUUGUGACUGCCACUUUUUCACUUCAGUCAAAGAGUAAGGCGGGCGACAAGCAUGUUGCCGUUACCUGUGAGCCUGGAAUUUUCCAACCAAUGAAUUACUUUUCAGUUCCACAAAUAGAAACACUGUAUUUACUAUUUGUCUUGCUAACCAAAGAACCAGUACCUCAGUUUUCCUGUCUGAGGUAAAGCUGCCACUUCACAGAUGAAUAAAUUGCAAGCCAAGGGCCACCAGAGCCAAAGUAAGUACGACCAAAUAUUUCCACCCAGGUUUUGGAGCAGAGGUGCAUAGUGUGUGCACUGUUUUUCACUUGGAAGCAUUAGUGAAGGGCUGAACCUGAACAGUGAAUGUCUGAUGAGAGGAGAACAUUUUAUAUUUUCCCUGCACACUGGCUAUGAAUGGAGACAGAGAGACACAAAAUGUAGCAUAGAGAGAGACUUUUAUUCACCUUCUCUAAAUUAACAUGCACAAAGUGCAUGCUUGAGGAGUUUGGUUUCUAAUUUCAUAUUUGAGGGCAUGGGGGGCAGUGCAAUUUUCCAAAAGUCUAAUGGGGUCAGAUUAAGUGUUUACACAAAUUUGAAAAGACAUGUUGCAAUAUUUGGACAAAUUUAUAGCGCUUCUGCUCUUAUAAAUGAGGUGAGUGCUGUUCACGGUGUGGAAUGUAACACUGGAAUGGCCCGGAUAUUUUCUUGAUCAAAGUUUUGGAACAUUAUGACUAAAACUCUGAUGA